GUCAUUGGACUUUUCUGACAAUGACGUAGUUCACUACGUCAUUGGAAUGAGAUCAAAGCUAACCAUUAGAAUCCUAUGCUCUGAUGUCAGUUUGACGUCAUCAGUUAACCUGUUCACUAGAUGUUAGUCUCUGGGUUUAUACACUUCACUUGACACACUUAGGUUUGUGCAGCAAUACAGAUAGCCAGGUUUAAUCACAGCUAGAUUGAAGCCAAUUUAUCUUUAAGGUCCAGCCAUUUUCUUUCAAGAUUAGAAAAUGGACAACAACCAAUCUGGAGGAAUUUUCUCUCUGAAGCCCCUGGGCUCUUCAUGGCUCCCAAAGAGUCAACCCUCUGAGGAUUUGCCCGAUGAAGAGGAGAUUGAAGAGGAAAUCGAGGAGGAAAUUGAGGAGUGUCUCAGUUAUUUUACUGACAGAGGGGAGGAAGACUCUAUGAAGAAGGUCCAGGAGUUUUCUGACCAUGUAGAAGAAGACUCUAUGAAGGAGGUCCAUGAGUUUUUUGACUCUGUAGAAGAAGACUCUAUGAAGGAGGUCCAGAAGUUUUCUGACAAUGUAGAAGAAGACUCUAUGAAGGAGGUCCAUGAGUUUUUUGACUCUGUAAAAGAAGACUCUAUGAAGGAGGUCCAUGAGUUUUUUGACUCUGUAAAAGAAGACUCUAUGAAGGAGGUCCAUGAGUUUUUUGACUCUGUAGAAGAAGACUCUAUGAAGGAGGUCCAGAAGUUUUCUGACAAUGUAGAAGAAGACUCUAUGAAGGAGGUCCAUGAGUUUUUUGACUCUGUAAAAGAAGACUCUAUGAAGGAGGUCCAUGAGUUUUUUGACUCUGUAAAAGAAGACUCUAUGAAGGAGGUCCAGGAGUUUUCUGACAAUGUAGAAGAAGACUCUAUGAAGGAGGUCCAUGAGUUUUUUGACUCUGUAAAAGAAGACUCUAUGAAGGAGGUCCAGGAGUUAUCUGACAAUGUAGAAGAAAACUAUACGGAGGACUCGGACUUUUCUGACCACGUAGAAGAAGACAAGGAGGACUCGGACUUUUCUUACCACGUAGAAGAAGACCAUAAGGAGGACUCGGACUUUUCUUACCACGUAGAAGAAGACCAUAAGGAGGACUCGGACUUUUCUUACCACGUAGAAGAAGACCAUAAGGAGGACUCGGACUUUUCUUACCACGUAGAAGAAGACCAUAAGGAGGACUCGGACUUUUCUUACCACGUAGAAGAAGACCAUAAGGAGGACUCGGAGUUUUCUGACAAUGUGGAGGAAGACAUUAUAGAAAAGGUCCAGGAGUUUUCUGAAAAUAGGGAAGAAGAAGAUAUGGAGGAGGUCCGGGAGUACACAGAGUGUUCUGAGGAAGACAUUUUGGAGGAGACUCAGGAGCAGCACUAUGAGUCCAACAGGAGUGAAAUCUCUGAGAUAUCUGGUCUUGAGGAAGUCCUCGAGGACAGAGGAAUCAAAACUGCUCUUGAAGAGGCCUUGAAGGAGGAGAAAGAAGCGAAAGCUCAACUGAAGCAGGAGAAGAAGGAAAAAGAUGCUCUUGUGGAGGUCCUGAGGAAGGAGCGAGAUGAAAACAACAGCCUGUGGACACAAGUGACUGAGCUCAAAAGGUCAAGGGACCAGCAGGACCGGCGUAAAGAAAAGCUGAAAGCCAGAAUCUCUAAAAUGACGACUGAGCUUGAAGAGGAAAAGAAAAAGCACCAGCAAAGCAUAGAAGAGCUGAAAGCCACAGUCUCUAAUAGGACUACUGAGCUUAAAGAGGAAAGGAAAAAACAUCAACAGAGCAAAGAAGAGCUGAAAGCCACAGUCUCUAAAAUGACUACUGAGCUUGAAGAGGAAAAGAAAAAGCACCAGCAAAGCAUAGAAGAGCUGAAAGCCACAGUCUCUAAAGUGACUAUUGAGCUCGAAGAGGAAAAGAAAAUUCAUCAGCGGAGCAAAGACGUAAUGAAAGGCACAAUCAUCGAAAUGUCCACUGAGCUUAAAGAGGACAAAAAGCUCAUCAAAAAGCUUAAGAAUGACCUGGCGGUGUCCUCUUAUCAGCAGGAAAAUAAAAAGGAGUGUGAAAAGGUCAAUCGUGCUGAAAUCGAGGCACAUAAGGGCCGCAUUGUUGAGCUGCAGCAGGAAAGUCAAGGAAAAGACAAGGAAAUUCAAUCCCUGCAAUUGAAAGUAGAGAAUCUUCAAAGUGACAUUGAAGAGAAAGUCAAGCAGUGGGCCUCAGACCUGAAAGAGGAACAGACAAAAAACUGUUCACUCCAGAGGGACUAUGAGGCUGCUGUCUCCCUCCAGCAAAAGGAGGCAGGAGAACCACAACAUCUGACUCAGGAGUACCAACAACUCGCUUCUGAGAACAACAGGCUGAAAGGUGAACUUGCUACUGCUCUAAGUAAGCAGCGGUUUGAUCACAAUCAGCAAGACCAAGAAUCUUGCAGCAGACUCAAGGAGGCUGUGAAGAAGGAGAAGGCCCGGUACUCGAGAGCAUAUAGACAGAUCCAGACCCUUGAGAAAGAGCUCGCUGACAAGUCUCUGGCUUUAGAAAGGAGCCUGACUGCAAAAAAAUACUUAAAGUCAUCUCUCAAACAUGAGAAGAAGCACUCUGGGCUGAUGGAUUUAGUAAAACAGGUCACAGUUGAACCUUUAGCGCUCCUCAACAACCAGAUGAGGGAAGUAUCUGCCUCCAAAGAGCAUCUGCUGUAUGACAUGCAGACAUUAAGAAUGGAGAAUGCUGGCAUCAGAGCCAAGUUCAGUGUUAUGGAGGAGGAAUACGAAAGUUUUCGAUCCAAACACAGGUCUCUCUCUGAGCGCCAUGCAGAGAUGAUGUCAGAGAAAAAUGAUAUCAUCUCAGAGAAUCAGGUCACCAUCGCUAAGCUCAAGUGCGAGGUAGACAUUUUGAAAGGUCAGCUUUCAGAGAGCAAGACCAGACAGGGGAAGGCUGAGGACACUUUAGAACAGGACAGGGCGAGAAACUCCGAGCUGCAGCAGAGAGUGGAUAAGCUUGCCUCUGCUCUGGAAAGCAAAAGGGACAGGUGUGCGAACCUGCGAGGGGAGCUUAAGGACGCUUUGAGAAAGCAGGGUGAAGCGCUGGAGGAGAAACAGAAGUUGGACAGGGCUCUGCAGAAAGCUCAGGACAGCUACUCCAGGCUUGAGGAACGACAGCUGGCAGAGUCAAGCUUUCAGCUCAGACAGACCAGUGAGAGCAGAGUGGCUCUGCUUCACCUGCAGCGGGAGUACACAGAUCUGGAGAGGAGGCACAGCGACGUUAACGCUGAAUAUCGUGAGCUGCUUAAAACUCACAACACCCUCCAAAUCCAAUUUGUGAGACUCAGCUACACACAAGGAAACCCCCUGCCAGAAAUCAUCCCAGCUCGUUCCACAGUAAAACUGUGAUUUUUCUGUACACACAACACCCAUUUAUUGCCUGUCCAUCCUGGAAGAGGGAUCCCUCCUCUGUUGCUCUUCCUAAGGUUUCUUCCGUUUUUGUAAUUGUUCGGGAGUUUUUCAUCCGAGUAGAGGGUCUAAGGACAGAGGGUGUUGUGUGCUGUACAGAUUGUAAAUAUGUGAUUUAAGAUACAUCACAUACGUCAUCUUGGGUUCUCUCCGGGUACUCCGGCUUCCUCCCACAGUCCAAUAACAUGCAACCUAUGUUUAAUCGAGGACUCUUAAAAAAGUAUUUAAAAAAUUUAGAUAAAAUAUAUGAAAUUAGGGCUGUCAAAGUUAACGCAAUAAUUAUGUUUUUUUUACGUGCACACGUUCUGUGAAUAUCUGUUGGAUUGCAUCAUCUAAAAAUUAGCUAUUUUAGGUGUUUAUUUUGUUCUCCCCGUGUCAUCUUGGGUUCUCUCCGGGUACUCCGGCUUCUUCCCGCGGUCCAAAAACAUGCAACCUAUGUUUAAUCGAGGACUCUUAAAAAAGUAUUUAAAAAAUUGAGAUAAAAUAUGAAAUUAGGGCUGUCAAAGUUAAUGCGCGCACAUUCUGUGAGUAUCUCAUGGAUUUAAUCAUCUUUUAAAUUAGCUGUUUUAGGUGUUUAUUUUGUUCUCCCCGUGUCAUCUUGGGUUCUCUCCGGGUACUCCGGCUUCCUCCCACAGUCCAAAACAUGCAGCCUACGUUUAAUUGGUGACUCAAAAAUAAGAUUUUUUAAAAAGUAUUUGAAAAUUUAAUUUAAAUGGGACUUUUGCAGGAACGCAUUAUGAAAGUGUCUACUGAUCCUGCUUCCAACAGUCUCACCAAUUUUACGCCUCUGUCACUACCUCUGAAGGCAUAAAAUUGGCAAAGCUAAAUAAAUAGAUUUCAUAUCAACCAAAAAGGCUUAUGUAAGAAAAAAGUUGACAAAGACGAAAACGAAGGACAUUUAAACUUUAAUUGUUAGUUUUGUAACAUAUGUGUCCACUUCCAUGUGGAUAAGAGUAAUAAAAACUAAAAAAAUAUCCCAUUAAGGAACAUUUAGAACAGAUAAAAAAUGUGCAAUUAAUUUGCGAUUUGUGAAUUGCGAUUAAAUAUUUUAAUCGAUUGACAGCCCCAAAUGAAAUGUAA